AAACGCGUUUACGGCGUGGGCCGCUUAUUAAAUCGGGUUAGUUUUUUAGUUUGUGCAUCAAGCAUUUGAGGCUGCCAACGGCAACAAGAAAUAUAAUUGUUGUGUACUCGUUAAGUUGUGUGGUAGUGUGCCUCCUCGCAAUGGCCAAGAAAAUACCAUUUAAUGUGGUAUUUGCAUCAGAUGAAGACGCCAGCUUCCCGGCCAGCGAGCUAAAUACACAUGGACCAACGGUGCAUGGCUGGCGCAGUGCUGUGGAUAGUGGAUUGGGCACACAUGACAUAAUCUUGCGUUUCCAACAACCGGCUCGUAUCUAUCGCAUCCAACUCCUGGCCCACCAGUAUCUGAUACCCGAGAAAGUGGAGCUCUGGCUGCACUAUUCGCCCAAGUCCAUGCCCAGCACACCGUCCUCGCAGUACUUUGAUUUUCUUGGCUUUGUCGCGCUCGCCGAUAAUGCAAACACCAAUCACAAAUCCCGUGAACUGCAGAGCGUUACGGUGAAUCCCCGGCGUGGCACACAUCUCAAGCUGCGUCUGAUAGGCGCCCAUUGUAAUGAGCACAGCAAGGGCAGCGAACAGAUUUCACUGAUGGCCGUGAAUGUGCUCGGGGAGGAACUGGAACCGGCGGCCCUCAACAAUGGCGAGGAGCAACUGGCAACGGGCAGCGAGAUUACACCGCCAAUUGAUACGGCGACCGGUGAACUGGCACUCGCCUCCAUAUGUGAUGAUCUCCUCUUCUCCAUGUAUGUCGAGGAGUCGAUUGUGCAGCACAUUCGUGAGCUGGAGCAGCGCAAGCUGCUGGCUGUGAGCUCGGAACGCUUUGAGUAUGCCCGCAAGCUGAAGCUUUGCAUGACGGCACUGCGAACGGCGGGCGAGCGUCUGGGUCGAUAUGCCCUAGCCAAGCGACAGGCUGUCCAACAGGAGGAUUUCAGUGCAGCCCGCUUGCGCAAGGAGCAGAUCGAAAUGUAUCGCACGUGUGUGCUGAAGCAGCUACAGGUGCAGCAGCUGCUCGAGGCGGAGGGUCCGCUCAGCCAGAACGAUCAGAGCUGUGAGAUCUAUGCCGGUGGCAAACCUAAUCUGCCCCUCGCACCCAGUCUACAGGAUGUGGCUCAUGCUCUCGCCGAGGCGGUCGACAACAGUCCAAAGCGUACUCCGGUGGACAAGUUACCCAUGGAGACAGUUGGCAAUGACGCGGUCGCUGGCGUUGUCGCCUCAACUGCUGCACUGCAUUUGCAUGCCAAGUCACACGAUGAGUUGCCACAAUCUCCGCGUCUGCCGAUGGCAUCGCGUCACAGUUCGCCCAUGUCCAGUCGUCAGGGAUCGCUGAGGCGACGCAACAAGAGCGCGCCACGCAACUCCUACGAGGAUUACGAGGAGCGAGCGAUUCCCACGCUAAGGCACUCAAAUACUAAUGAAUUUUUAAGGGAGUGCCAGGGCAAUGCACUGCUCGAAGCGGACCCAAAUCGCAGCCGCUCGCGUCUCAAUGAUCGCGAGCGUCGCCAGGCAGCGCUGCCCAUCCUGGUCUUUGGCAGUGAGAUGGUUGAGCAAUUCUACUCGCGUCAAUUUCAGGAUCGCGAGGAUGGCCUCAUGCGUCUGCGCAACUUUCUCAAGGAGCAGGACGGCCUUGCGGAGCUGCCCAGCAAUGAGCAUGCGGCCAGUCCCAAUAAGGUGGCACGCAGCGCCGCCUUGCUGCUGCAUCGUGCUGUACGCGAUGCCGUCUACUCGGUGUUUAGUCAGGCGACGGAGGCGGUGCGUGUCCUGUUCCUUGAAUAUGUGCCGGGCCGUGUGUCGCCCAGCGAGGUGGCCCGUUGUGUGGAUCGUCUGUUGCCCGAACUGUUGGCCAAAUCGGGUGAUCCAUCGGCCCGGCUGCAUACGCUCGCCCAGCACACCAUACUCAGCAUUGCCGCCUGUCCGCAGGUCGCAGAACAGCAUCUCGUCGCGCCGGCACUCUCGCGCAGCGUCGGCUCCGGCACCCAUCAACGGCUGGCGAUGAGUCGUCUGCAGAUGCUGGAGCAGCUGGUGCACACGCAGGGCAUUAGCACCGAUAAGCACAGUGGGCUGACGUGUCGAGCACUGUCCGAUUGCGGCUGCUCGGGCAUCCAUCAUCCGGCGGAACCGGUGCGCAAGGUGGCCGAACGCAUUUUGGUGCUGGUCUACAAGGUGAAUCCGCGUCUGGUGCGCAAACAGUUGCCACCGGAUGAUGAUAUUACGCGCCGCAAUCUGCUCUAUCGUCAGUUGUUCACGGAGUUCGAUAAGCUCGAUUUGGAGCGCAAACAGGAACUGCUGGAGGUCAACAAAUAUACGGAUGGCGCCGCACACAGUUCCUGCAGCAAUGGCACCGAUUUUCUACAGCCCACAACGAGCAGCAGCAGCAGCAAAAGUGGCACUGCCGGCGACAAUGGAUUCGUCAGCUGCAAUGGCAAACAGCAGUACAAUGAGCAACUGAAGCGUUCCAUGCUCUCCGCCUCAAAUUCGCGCAAAGGAUCCGCCUCCAACUCGGAGUCAACGGAGGAGACAACGCCCAAAAUCAAUUGUCCGUUUUGUGGCUGGUGUUGUGCUGGCGGGGAUGCCAGCCAAUUGGAUCGGCAUUAUUGGAAAACGUGCCCGUUUCUCACCAAGUGCCCACAAUGCAGCCAGGUGCUCGAAGUAGCCGCCCUCAACUAUCAUUUAACGACGGAAUGCGAGGCAAAGGAUAGCUAUGUGAUGUGCGCCCGCUGCACGGAGUCAGUGCACAAGCAGCUCUACGAACUCCAUCAAAUGGAAGACUUUUGUCGUGAACUCAAAACGGGCGCCGCUCGUUGUCCGCUGUGCCAUGAUGAUGUGCAUCUGCCCUUGGAUGGUGGCUGGAAAAUGCAUCUGUUGGCCGCUGGCGGCUGUCCAGGCAAUAUACGUAAACGCAACUUGAAGAAAUAAUAAAACGAAUACAAUACAAAAUUACGUAGUUGAAAGCUGCCUAGAGUCAUCAAAUAAUCAUCAACUAUAUAUGCUAUUUGCUAGCAUAAUUUAAAUGAAUUUUUGUUAUAUUCCUCCUUUGUUACGCGACUUGGUUAAUGCCAGCAUUAUUUACGAAUUCUAUUUUGUUACACUUUAUACGAGUAUAUAAGUUUUUUUGUACGCAAUGUGAUUUGUUAACUAUACACAUAACACGAAUUUCCAAACGUCCUACAAUAAUAAUAAUAAAGCCCAUCAAGAAUUUCAAUUAAA